GAAGCAUCCAAUCUUUCACAAGUAUAUCUUGACUUAACCGCAGUCAAAUCUUGGACUGAAGUAAAAGUUGAAGAUAUUGAACCUUUACAAAGAUGCGUUUUGCUGGGGAGAACUUCAAAAUUACGAAAAUUUCCAUCUCUUUUUGUAGAUUGUGAUCCGAACAAUAUAAAAAGUAUCACACUAGCCAUUACUUUUCCAGACUCUACUGUGGUUUAUUAUAAGAUACAUGACGGAAUUAAUCCCCCAUCUGAUAAUAGUGAAAUUUACGAUCCAAUUUGA